AUGCAUGAGAUUGUCCAGGAGUAUGCUGCCCCUCAGCUGCCUGCUGAGGGUCAGCUGCCUGCUGAGGGUCAGCUCCCCUCCAACGAAGUAAUGCCCUUGCCAGCCAAGCAAGAGGCCUUUGCCACCAACAAACAGGAUGGCAGAGAAGUUGGUCUAGCCCAAGUGACCAAAGACAAGAUCAACUGGUCUGAGGAUUUCAACAAUGCCACCAACAACCACAAGAUCUUCAAUGCCUCUAAGGAUGCUCGCAUCCCCAAAUUUCGUCCCUACAAUGACUCAACUGAGGAGACUGCUGGCAAAUGGCUUCAAGAUUUCAUCAAGGUACUAGUCAAGGGCAGAGCCAGUAAGAGCAGGUGGUCAGUUGCCAUCUCUAGCUGUCUGGAGGGCUCCCCACUUGGGUGGUAG